AUGGUGCUCACCAGGUCUCGCUCAGCAACGCCGGCCAGAUCGAUUGCCGCGUCGUUCGCACCUUCCAGAAAGGCAUCGAUCGCCACCCGGCCGACACCGGUGGCAAAAGGCAUCAAGCGCUCGGCCACUGACAGCGACAUCCUCGCGGUCAAGCCUACAAAGGACAGAACAAAACGGAGCCGCACUGUCGCGCCAUCCUCGUCAGCAAUCGCGAAAGCAACGUCUCAAAAUGGCCGCCCAGCCAAGGCCAAGGCGCCAGAGGAGCCGUUUGUGAUACCCCAAGAUGCGACCGAAGAGGACUGCUCGACACGCACCACAGUCCCUUUCCCCGCUCUGCCUUUUGACUUCGAACAAGCGAGAGCCCACUUGUGCUCUGGAGACAAUCGCUUCGAGCGCCUCUUCCAGAAGAUUCCGAUUCGAUGUUACGAGGAGGCGCUCGAUGGUGAUGCCUCUGACACCAAGGAUCUCAACCUGUUCAAGACCGUCACAACUUCCAUUCUCGGACAGCAGAUCUCGUGGCUGGCUGCGAGAUCGGUUCUCUACAAGUUUUGCCGCCUCUUCCAUCCCAGCGAGAUGCCCGAGAAGCCCGACUUUGUCGGCUUUCCUCGCGAACAGUGGCCUUUCCCAACGCCUUUAAUGGUUUUACGGACCUCGGACGCCGAUCUACGAGCAGCCGGCCUCUCGUUCGCCAAGAUCAAAUACGUCAAGGACCUCGCAGCACGCUUCGUCGAUGGUCGCCUCGACACUCGUCAGAUCCUCGAGCUCGACGAUGAAGAAGCUUGCGUCACCGAGCUGAGCAAAGUCAAAGGCGUUGGUAGGUGGACGAGCGAGAUGAUCCUCAUGUUUGCCAUGCGCAAGCCGGACAUCUUGCCGUGUGCAGAUCUUGGAGUGCAAAAGGGCAUGCUCAAUUUCUUCCUGAGCGAUGCUCGAGGUCCGAAGAUCAGCGUCAAGAAACGCAAACCUGGCGAAGAGGAGGACGAAGCUCAAGACCAAAACACCUCAAGGAAGGAGGCGUCUCCGAAAGAAGAACUUUUGGAACCGACGCAGGCGAAAGGGGAAGAGGUGCCGCUUCUUUCUCAGACCGAAGUCAUGCCGAAACUUGAGGCCGGUUUCGGCGCGGCGGAGGACGGCUCUGCGUCGCUCGACCACCUCAUUCCGGACGAGCAUGGCCUUUGUCGUCAAGUUCUCCAUUCGCGUGCCAAGGGCAACAAGAUCAAGGGCGGACAAUAUCUGAGCCCCGACGAGAUGAAGGCACUGGCUCAGGACUGGUCGCCGUACCGCUCCGUCGCCUGCAUGUUCAUGUGGGCCCUCGUUGACACCUAG